CAUACUAAUCAAAAAUUAAAAAAAAAAAAAAAACCAAACAGAGCAACCACUCUGUUUUCUUCUCAUUUCUAUUGACAGUUGAGUGUUCUUGAUUCAUUCAACUUCAAUAGAAUACAAUCCAAUCAUAUACAUACAUAACAUAUACAUAUAUAACAUAUAUAUACAUACAUAUACAAAAAUAUGGAACGUGCACGCAGGCUAGCUAACAAGGCCAUCAUUGGCCGGUUAGUUUCACAAACCAAACAAAGCCCGUCAUCCCCUGCUCAAUAUUCAUCAUCAAGGUAUGUUUCAUCUUUAUCACCUUAUGUAUGUAGUGGCACAAGAAACAUUAGUAGAUCCUCGGACAGGAACAUGUUUGGUUCCCAACAUGUUCGAUCUAUAUCUGUUGACUCAUUGAAACCAAGUGACACGUUCCCACGUCGCCAUAACUCUGCCACCCCAGAUGAACAAACCAAAAUGGCUGAGUUUGUCGGUUUCCCGAAUAUCGAGUCACUUAUUGAUGCAACUGUGCCCAAAUCUAUCCGUCUUGAGUCAAUGAAGUAUCCUAAGUUUGACGAAGGGUUAACCGAGUCACAAAUGCUUGCACAUAUGCAAGAUUUAGCUUCUAAGAAUAAGAUCUUUAAGUCGUUUAUCGGUAUGGGCUAUUAUAAUACUUCUGUGCCUACUGUUAUAUUAAGAAACAUUAUGGAAAACCCGGGUUGGUAUACGCAGUAUACGCCGUACCAGGCUGAGAUUGCGCAGGGUCGGCUUGAGUCCUUGCUCAAUUUUCAGACCAUGGUUACGGAUCUUACCGGUUUGCCCAUGUCGAAUGCUUCUUUACUUGAUGAAGGGACUGCAGCUGCUGAAGCUAUGGCAAUGUGUAACAAUAUUCAAAAGGGUAAAAAGAAGACUUUUAUUAUUGCUAGUAACUGUCACCCACAAACAAUCGAAAUUUGUAAGACUAGGGCUGAUGGGUUUGAACUGAAAGUGGUCACCGCGGAUCUUAAGGAUUUUGAUUACUCGUCUGGUGACGUGUGUGGGGUUCUGGUUCAGUAUCCAGGGACUGAGGGUGAGUUGUUGGACUAUGGUGAGUUCAUUAAGAAUGCACAUGCAAAUGGGGUGAAAGUUGUUAUGGCUAGUGAUUUGUUGGCUUUGACUAUUUUGAAGCCUCCUGGUGAGUUUGGAGCUGAUAUCGUGGUUGGUUCGGCUCAACGAUUUGGGGUUCCAAUGGGGUAUGGGGGUCCUCAUGCAGCUUUUCUUGCAACAUCACAAGAAUACAAGAGAAUGAUGCCUGGAAGAAUCAUUGGUGUUAGUGUCGAUUCUUCUGGCAAACCUGCUUUACGUAUGGCUAUGCAGACCCGCGAGCAACACAUCAGAAGGGACAAAGCAACCAGCAACAUUUGCACAGCUCAGGCGUUGCUUGCAAACAUGGCUGCUAUGUUUGGUGUUUAUCAUGGACCAGAAGGUCUUAAGACCAUAGCCCAACGUGUCCAUGGUCUUGCUGGCACAUUUGCUGCAGGUCUGAAAAAACUGGGGACGGUACAAGUUCAGGAUCUCCCAUUUUUUGACACUGUGAAGAUAAUAUGUGCUGAUUCGAGUACAAUAGCUGAAGAAGCUUACAAGCAUCAGAUGAAUCUGCGUAUUGUGGAUAAAAACACGAUCACUGUCUCUUUUGAUGAAACAACUACCAUCGAAGAUGUGGAUACUUUGUUCAAAGUUUUUGCAUUGGGGAAACCUGUGACCUUCACUGCCGCAUCUCUUGCACCAGAGGUUCAGGAUGAUAUCCCUUCCGCGCUUGUAAGGGAAACUCCAUAUUUGACUCAUCCAAUUUUUAACGCUUAUCAUACAGAGCAUGAGCUAUUAAGAUACAUUAGUAAGUUGCAAUCCAAGGAUCUCUCAUUGUGCCACAGUAUGAUUCCCCUUGGGUCUUGUACUAUGAAGCUCAAUGCAACUACAGAAAUGAUGCCAGUGACAUGGCCAGCCUUUGCAGAUAUGCAUCCUUUUGUCCCUACCGAACAGGCACAAGGCUAUCAGGAAAUGUUCAAGAAUUUAGGUGACUUGCUGUGUACCAUUACUGGAUUUGAUUCUUUCUCUUUGCAACCCAAUGCUGGUGCUGCUGGAGAAUACGCCGGGCUGAUGGUUAUCCGAGCAUAUCAUAUGGCAAGAGGAGAUCACCAUAGGAACGUAUGUAUUAUCCCUGUCUCAGCACAUGGAACAAACCCUGCUAGUGCUGCCAUGUGCGGAAUGAAAAUCAUUACUGUGGGAACUGACUCCAAAGGUAACAUCAAUAUUGAAGAGUUACGCAAGGCUGCUGAGGCAAACAAAGAGAAUUUAUCUGCUCUCAUGGUUACAUAUCCUUCAACUCAUGGAGUUUAUGAGGAGGGUAUUGAUGAGAUCUGCAAAAUUAUUCAUGACAAUGGAGGUCAAGUUUACAUGGAUGGAGCCAACAUGAAUGCACAGGUUGGUCUGACAAGUCCAGGAUUUAUUGGUGCCGAUGUUUGCCAUCUAAACCUGCACAAGACAUUUUGCAUUCCACAUGGUGGAGGUGGUCCUGGAAUGGGUCCAAUUGGUGUGAAGAAGCAUUUGGCACCAUACUUGCCUUCACACCCUGUGGUCUCGACAGGUGGCAUACCGGCCCCUGAACACAGUAAGCCACUUGGUACUAUCUCGGCUGCGCCUUGGGGUUCGGCACUUAUCUUGCCUAUAUCAUAUACAUACAUUGCUAUGAUGGGAUCUCAAGGAAUAACAAAUGCAUCAAAGAUAGCUAUCCUUAAUGCAAAUUAUAUGGCAAAGCGCCUAGAGAAUCACUAUCCAAUUCUUUUCCGUGGUGUGAAUGGAACAGUUGCCCACGAAUUCAUUGUUGAUUUGAGACCAUUGAAGACUUCUGCUGGAGUAGAGCCAGAAGAUGUUGCUAAACGUCUUAUAGAUUACGGGUUUCAUGGUCCUACAAUGUCAUGGCCAGUUCCAGGAACACUGAUGAUUGAGCCCACUGAAAGUGAAAGCAAGGCGGAGUUGGACAGGUUUUGCGAUGCUUUAAUUUCCAUUAGAGAAGAAAUUGCGGAGAUUGAGAAAGGAAAAGUUGAUAUCAACAACAAUGUCAUCAAGGGAGCUCCUCAUCCUCCACACGUACUCAUGGCUGAUAAGUGGACAAAACCAUACUCUCGAGAAUAUGCAGCUUACCCUGCACCUUGGCUUCGUGCUGCUAAGUUCUGGCCUACUACAUGCCGUGUGGACAAUGUGUAUGGUGACCGCAACCUCAUCUGCACUCUUCAGCCACCACAGGAGUAUGAAGAGAAAGCUGAAGCAACUGCUUAAGAUAUGAACCAUUAAAUGUGCCUCAAGGGUUUUCAUUAGCUGUAUACAUCAAUCUGUUCUUGUAUAUAGAUGUUGCUUAUCUGUACGCCUUACGGCUGCUGGAUUUUGUGAUAUUCCUGUAAUCAUGAUGACCAGCUGCUCUGCUCUUAUAACAA